GUCUGAUCACAAAAGUGGAAAGUACUUAAGGGGAGAUCGCAUUUGCAGACCGCCGAAGUAUCUACAACUCAUAUGCAUGGGGGGCAAGCCACUAACAGCAGUCUCUCUUCUGGCAGCUUCGAGCUAGUGAUUAUUGAGUCACGCAGGGGCAACAGGCCCAUGACAGAUGUGGGUCAAAAAAAGGUAGUUAUGCAUAAACUGUAUAUUAUACACCGCCUUAUUCCUACCUUCUUAGUUAUACUAGCUAUAUUUUAGACAAUCUCCAAGCCAAAUUCAAUAAAAGACUGUCCUAUAUGUUUGCUUAUCUUGUUCUGAUUAGAAUACCUUUCGACAAAUAGCUGAAAAUUUGUGUUGUAGUAUC